GUUGUUGAUCCGGAAGCAGUUUGUAUAGCGGAGCAACCUCCAAUCCACAAAAUGAUUCUGAAUUCGGAACGUUCCGCAUCUACAAGAAAGCACAAGACCUCUGUGAGGACAGAUGUGCAGCCAGACGAGAAGGCGCGAAAAGAUCAAGCGACAAAUUAUUGGCUUUUUUUGUUGCUUCUUUUCUUAGCGGUUGCUUUCAUCAUGAAAACGCUCCUGGAAAAUCGUGAUCAUGAUAAUGAGUGA